UCUCCUCCUCCUUCUCUUUCUUAUUCUCCUCCUUCUUCUUUCUUCUUACUUGAGCUCCACUAAUUCCAAUUGCAUUUCAUCCAUUCAUCCAUGUCUUACUAUCUUUUCACAUUCUCCCAUAAUACAUGCGAUAAAUUUGUGGCACAAACUUAUCAUUAGUCACUUCCUAUAUUGGAAAGUAAUAGUUCGUGAUUUCUGGAAACUGCUUGCUGUAGUCAUCACCAGCACAUAAGUAAGAGAAGACCAGGGGGAAGGGCAUAGUUUCAGGGAGAAGAAGGAAGAUAAGACAGGUUGGAAACCUAGAGGAGGAACCCUUGUCUCAUCAGACCGUGAGGAGGAAGAUUGAAGGCCAGGAAACCCUGGAUGAACUAGUGAGGAGGAGAGCAGCAUCAGUGGCCUCAUGGACUCCCAGACAACUACAAAGAGAAUGGUUUCAGCCUUUCCCCAGUCAGGUCCUACUUCCUUACCUCAGGAUGCAGGGAAGGGAUUUAUGCCAUUUUUUCGAUCGAAAGCACACCUGCAGGCAUUCUUGAAAGGGGAGCCCAAAGUGCUGGGGACUGUCCAGAUCAUGGUUGCUCUAAUAAACUUCACCUUAGGAAUGGUUUUAAUUUUGACUUCUCUGGCAAAUUUUCAUUACCUGAGAAAUUUUCUGCUUCACACUGGCUACCUAUUCUGGGGACCAAUAUUUUUCAUCAUCUCUGGUGUCCUCUCUAUUGUUGCAGAGAACAAAACCACAAAUGCACUGGUACAAACCAGCCUGGCAAUGAAUGCUGUAAGUUCAGUAGCCGCAGUACUGGGAAUCAUCUUUCUCUCAUUCAACUUGACAUAUAUGCAAUACUCCUAUUAUUUUUGUCUUAGAACAGUUGUCUCUGAAUCCUGUUUUGGGGGCAUAAUGCUAUCUGUGGGAAUCAAUGGGACUCUGCUGAUCCUAACUAUUUUGGAACUUGCCAUCUCCCUUACAGUUUCAAGCUUUGGCUGCAAAGCCACCUGCUGUAGUACAAGUGGGGUCACCAUUGUCAUGUCUUCGCCAUCCCAAGCACCAGAGAACCCUGAAGACAGACAAGACUUCAAAGUAUAGUUGCUGAUACUCCUGCAGUGCCUGCGAGCCAUUAUGCUUCAUAGAAAACACAUGUCCCGUUCCCAGGAAAGACUCCUUCUAUUACUGGCUGUUUCUCAACAAAACAGAGUAAAUUUCUUGGAAUUCUUAAGCAAUUGCCUUUGGUUUUGGCCAGGGUCUAAUCACAUUUGCUUCCUCAUUUCCCACAACAACUCUGAUUAUCUCAGUAUUUGCUCACAACACUAAAAGGAAAAAAUGUCAAUAAAUCAUAUAUAUAUAUUUUUUGCUGAACACCAAGGCUAGCCUGUCUAAGACUAUGGAUAUUGGGACAUAGGAUAGGAUAAGGGAAGAACAAAUGGAGAUGGAGGCACAAAAAUAGGUCCUCUCCCACGAAGGAAGAUUUUCGACUUUUGGAAUGUUUUGCUGCUUUUCCCUGAUGAUUUACUGUGAUUCUACCUCCAGUAGUCUAGGUUCCAUCAUCUUGGCUCUUUGACCUCUUGGCCAAUGAAGAAAAUACCUUUUUUCUACCUUGUUUUCCUAUGGGUGAGACAUUUUUAGGGGAACUUACUCUGAUCUCAAAGAUUCUUCAUUUUGGUAUAAACUGCUACCUUUCCUCAAUAAUUUUGAUUUAAAUCAAUAUUAGGUUUAUACAAUUUAGUAACUAUGAAACAAAUAAUAAAAAUGUUCAAAAAUGAGUGAAAAUGAGUUUGCUGUGACAACAAUCAAAUUUAGUGUCUCUUCUAACCACUGGUAUUAACUUCUCCAUUCUAGAGAAAGAAGUUCAUAUUCAGCUAUCUCAAAAUACUAAUUAAAGUAUCUUCCCAAGAAUUCAUUUCUUAACAUUUGUUUCUUUUUAAAAGGUAAGAAUUAAAAAAAAUUCUC